AAGACGACGAAGAAGAAAAAGCAGCAGCAGAAGAAGAAGAUAGGAUCCCUCUGAAGGAGGAACGAUCAAGCAGUCUUUUCCUACGAAGGGCACUUGAUAAAAAGGCUAAAACGAAGAACGGAAAAUGGAGUUCCAGGAUCACGCUUAUACGAACACCACUUAUGAUAAAGUCAGCCCCUUGGAGCCCACAUAUAAAAUGAGUUCAAAAGAAGUUGAAGAAUUUGUGAAGCUGAGGGUUUCAAAUAACUACCUCUUCUCUGGAAGGAGAAAUACUUCCAUGUGGUCAUGGAGGGCCAUCCUGAAACAUAUGGGCUUGCAACAUAAGAUGACUCAUAGUCAAGCAUCCAAAAAAUGGGAAAACAUGAAGAAGAAAUACAAGGAGCUAAAGAACUCUGCAGAUGGGGUGAAAGUGUUCCCUGAAGUGUGGCCUUAUUUCAGUCUGAUGGACGAUGCAAUGCAGGGUCGGCUGGAAGGCAACGCCCCCAUCCUGAAGGCCUUCGCCAGUGACAAAGAUUUCUUACCCGUCUCCAAACCCAAGAAGAGGAAGGUAUCCAUGGUGAUAAACUCCCCUACGGCUUUGUCAGCAGACGGGCCAGAGAUCGAGGUUUCUCUGAACGGAGAUGAGGAUGGGGAAGAGGACACAGUGCACGAGGGACGCCAGGAGAUUGAUCGCAUCAUGCAAGAGGUGGAGCACGAGAGGAACACGAUGGACAGCGAAAGGCAGGUGAUGGAAAGGGAGAAACAGGUGAUGGAAAGGGAGCAGCUGGUACUGCAAAGGGAGAGAGCGGUGCUGGAUAGGGAGAUCGCCGCUCUGGACCGAGACCGAGCCUCGCUGGAGAGAGAGAGGGCGACAAUAGAGCGAGAAAAGGCAGUGAUGGAGAGGGAGAGGGCCAUGGUGGAGAAGGACAGAGAUGCAGUGAGCAGGGACCGGCUGGCUUUGGAGCGAGAGAAAGCCAGGCUGGAGAGACUUUCUGCACCCAAAGGAAGGACGGAGGAGGUUACAGAAGACAGAGGCAAGGUGGAAGACUCAGAUGUCAUGGACAGGAAGGAGCGGUUCCUCAACUUGUUUGAAAAACUUAUUGAAAAUUUUUGAUUAAUGGGAUUUCUCUUCACAAAACCAUCCCUGAUGCGACAUAUUUUUAUAUCUCUGAGGUGUUUCCACCUUGGCCACAUCUGCAUAUUUUUCAAAAUGCACAUUGUACUUAUUAAACUCCUUACAACCUAUAAGUUGUCAAUGAAAACGUUGAGCCACUCCUUGUUCGGAGAGGUCUUCAAAACAACUUUAUUCACUUGUGGUUAUUCCAUACAGAGCACACAAUAGCAAGCUAUUAGCAUUAUUCUCAACCCCAUCCACAAUCAAAAUCAACAACCCCCCCCCUCCCAAAUCAAACAAUAGUCUUUAGUUUAUUGACUCUAGACAUUUGAGUCUUUGGUAUAGGCUAUUGUGCAUGGUUAAAACAUCACUUUUUGAAAUGUAAAAUACCAAAUAUUGCAGUUCUUGUAAAAAAUCUUUUUUUCAGAAUAUAUAUUUUUAUAUUACAGUACAGACUUUACAACAAAUGAUUGUGUUUAAAUGCGUCUUUUAUUGCAUUAGAUAAUCAAUUUACCUUUCAUUAAGCUCCAGCUUCAAUAAGUUUAUGCUAGUAUACAUUUCCAAAAGUGUUAGAUUUGUCAUCAAUAUUAAUAUUAUUUUUUAUUUUUACAAAACAAACAUUUAAACAAUAUUACUGGUUGUUUUUGUUUUGCCAGCCAUGAACAGACAUUAAACAGAAACAUACAUGCCAUUUGAGGGUGUUUAAUAAACUGUUUUCUCCGAA